AUGUGCUCAGAAAUCUUAAAUGACGAUAUUUUUAAAAAUGCAAUUCAUAUUCUCUCCGCAAUUGAAGUUCCCGUUCACAUAUUUGGAGCCUAUAUUAUCAUAACAAAGAUUCCAGUCAAAAUGAAAACAGUCAAGACAAAUCUGUUUUUUCUUCAUAGUAUUGGCGCAGUUUUCGAUGUGGGAUUCAGCUUUAUUUUUAUACCAGUGUUCAAUUUCCCCGUCUUUGCUGCCUAUCCGCUUGAGUUUACAUUUGGAAUUUCGACUGGAGUGUUAAUUUAUUUUGGCGUCUCGUUCGAUGCAGUUGUCGGAGUAACUGUCCUUUUGUUUUUCGAGGAUAGAUACCAUCAUAUAGUCAAUGGCCAUAUGCGACUAUUAUACGCAUUCCUGCAUUAUUUAUUUGGGCUGACUUUUAUUGCUCCAAGUUUUUUGAACAUUCCAAACCAGACUAUCGGAAAAUUAGAAAUAAAAGCGAAAAUUCCGUGCAUUCCCGAUGAAGUUCUCAAUCGACCUGACUACUUUGUAGUAACAACCGAUAGCACUGUUUUUAGCAUUUGCUUUUGCUCAGUGAUUUGUCUUAUUGGGCUUCCUGUAACCUAUUAUAUAGUUUUCACUUGUUGGCAUUUACUGAAUCAAAAAUCGCAGUCUCGAGCCACUUCUCGACUUCAGCUGCAAUUUUUUGUGGCCCUAUGCGUUCAAAUAUUCAUUCCAGUUAUGUUACUCACGAUUCCUAUAACAUACAUUAUGCUGUCUUCCUGGUUAUAUUACCAUAGUCAAGCAUUGAAUAAUUUGUCACUGCUGGCAAUGGCAUGUCACGGAGUUCUUUCUACAUUGACCAUGCUUAUUGUACAUAAACCUUAUCGUCAUGCAACUCGUGACAUAUUUUUCAUAAAGCAAAAGUUGGUGAGCAAUCAGUGGGCAUUUAACAACUCUCGACAAAGCAGAGCAAUAACUGUAAUCGCCGAAAAAAGAAUCGGUUUCAAUUGA